AUGUAUGCGUGUGUUUGCCGCAAGCUGUGGUCGAAUCUUCAGGCGCCGCCCAUGGCGAUGCUUCUGGAAGACGAGACCGCUAUGGAACUCGUGAGAUUGUCUUUCAAGGUUGCCUCCAUGGAUUAUCAGACUGGACGCCAAGAAUUGCGAGAAUGGAGAGGCAAAGAAGCAGUGCAGGAUCUCUUGUAUUAUUUAAUCGAUACCAACAUCUUAUGGGACGAGGAUCUGAACGCCGAGGACGAGUUGGGUCUCUGCCGCAAGCGCCUCGACCCGUUCUUGAGCGCCUAUAUCACACAUCUACCCGACAGCUGUGGUGCGCUGAAGAGAGAGGAAUUGUUGGCGGCUUGGAACCCCUUAAGCCAAGUAGCGUCUCAGCCCCCUCAGACCACCACACAGCACACAUCACUGGGACUAUGUACUCGGGCCGUCAACGGAGAGGCGUGGCAUCGACCAUUAAAAAAGAAGCAACAGGCCGCAACAGCCAUACUCUCAGACCUUGAGAAGGUGGCGCUCCAACUCAAGGAUUGCCUUGACAAUCUGGCUAAACAGCGUAUCAAUCUGGACGGCGUCAAUGUGUAUGGUAUUGUCGUAAUCGGUUAUGAGCUGGAUCUAUUUCAGGACUCAUAUGCUCUCUGUACACGCCCACGCCUCAGUCACACCUAUGUAGGUAUCUGUGCGACAUUGGGUACGCCAGUCAAGGUCCCUUUGCCCCGUUGGGAUUGA